AUGCAAAAUGUCUAUGACUUUAAAUUUUUUUUGAAUAAGUUACCUGUCUUGAGUUAUCAUGAUGAAAUUUCGACAGAACAAAAAGUUUUUAAUGUUACAAAUUUGAUAUUGAUAGAAUUAACAAAACAAUGCAUAGUUUACAAAAAUGGACCUGAUCUUUUAAUAAACCAGGAUGUUUGA